GAUUGACCUAGGAGUUCUUGAAUAACAUUUUAAUCAUAGUUAUGGACAUGAGAUUGCGGGAUAGGCUUUUCUACUUCUAGAAAAUUUCUUUUGCGGUUAAAACUUGAUUGGAUUAACGAUUAGUUUAUUAAUGGACUCAAUAUUCGAGACAGAUUGACAAACGAGUUAUUCCCCUUCACAUCAACACCAGAGGACGCCACAUCAAAAUACCGGCAGCAUGGCUUCUGUUACAGCAGAGAAAGUUCAGGAAGUGAGAGAGGUAACUAGGAUUGAAAGAAUCGGUGCUCAUUCCCAUAUUCGAGGGUUAGGUUUAGAUGAUGCGUUGGAAGCUAGAGCAGUAUCACAGGGUAUGGUGGGACAGGCAGCUGCUAGGAGAGCUGCUGGUGUCAUCCUGGAAGUUAUCAAGGAAGGUAAAAUAGCUGGAAGAGCUAUAUUAAUAGCAGGACAACCUGGUACUGGCAAAACAGCUAUAGCUAUGGGUAUGGCUCAAGCUCUAGGAUCUGACACACCAUUUACUAGUAUAGCUGGUAGUGAAAUAUUCUCAUUAGAAAUGAGUAAAACAGAGGCACUGACACAGGCUUUUAGAAAAUCUAUUGGUGUCAGAAUUAAAGAAGAAACUGAAAUUAUUGAAGGAGAAGUGGUAGAGAUACAGAUAGACAGACCAGCUACAGGCACAGGAGCUAAAGUUGGUAAAUUGACAUUAAAAACUACAGAAAUGGAGACAAUUUAUGAUCUGGGACAGAAAAUGAUUGAAUCCCUGACAAAAGAUAAAGUUCAAGCAGGAGAUAUCAUCACAAUAGACAAAGCAUCAGGAAAAAUCACCAAAUUAGGCAGGUCUUUUACACGAGCUAGAGAUUAUGAUGCUAUGGGUCCACAGACUAAGUUUGUGCAGUGUCCUGAAGGUGAACUACAGAAGAGAAAGGAGGUAGUACAUACAGUAACAUUACAUGAGAUAGAUGUUAUUAACAGUAGAACACAGGGUUUCUUAGCUUUAUUCUCAGGAGAUACUGGUGAGAUCAAAUCGGAGGUGAGAGAACAGAUUAAUUCUAAAGUAGCUGAAUGGAGAGAAGAAGGCAAGGCUGAGAUAGUACCUGGUGUAUUAUUUAUAGAUGAAGUCCAUAUGUUAGAUAUAGAAUGUUUCUCCUUCCUUAACAGAGCUCUAGAGAGUGAUAUGGCUCCUAUUUUAAUAAUGGCCACCAAUAGAGGCAUCACAAAAAUUAGAGGUACCCAGUAUAACAGUCCUCAUGGUGUACCAAUAGAUUUACUAGAUAGAUUACUCAUUAUAUCUACAUCACCUUAUGAAGAGAAAGAGAUCAAACAGAUUCUUAAAAUCAGAUGUGAAGAAGAAGAUGUAGAGAUGAGUGAUGAUGCUUUGACAGUUUUAACACGUAUCGGUAUGGAAACAUCAUUACGUUAUUCUAUACAACUUAUAACAACUGCUAACUUAGUCUCUAGAAAACGCAAGGCAACUGAAGUUGAAGUAGAUGAUAUCAAGAGAGUGUAUUCGUUAUUCUUAGAUGAAUCUCGUUCCACACAGUUCCUGAAAGAAUGUCAGGAAGAAUUUAUGUUCAAUGAAAUUGGUGAAUCAGAAACUAUGGAAACAAGUUGAAUUAAAAUAUACUAAAUCAUUUUAUAAUAUCUUCCAAUCAUUGUGUAUUAUAGACAUUUAUUAUAUAUACAUGUAUAGUACAUUCAACUCUCAUUGUCACCAUUCAAUUCAUAGAGGAUCAUUUUGUAAAAUCUAAAACUUUCAGUUUGCAGUUCACAUGACUUAUAAGUAUCAGCAUGCUCUUCAGUAAUCUUAUUGAUAGAUUUUCCUUUGGACAUACUUAGCAUUAUUGACGUGAGUGCAUUUUGACAUUACUUACUUCAUUACAUUCUAAUUACCUAGUAAAAAGACUGAUUGUUAAGUUUAUUGAGAGAGAGAAGUAAUAUUGUUAAGGAUAUCUUUAUAUGUAUAGCUGGUUUCAUUAAAUCAUUUUGUUAAU